UGUUCAAACAACGAAAGCCCUUCUGUCGUCAGCAGCGAUGAGGGUUUAGACUGCCCGAUAUGCUGUGAAUCAUUCAACGUUGUAGAAAACGUGCCCUAUGUUUUAUGGUGUGGCCAUACCCUUUGUAUAAACUGCAUCCUAGGACUUCAAUGGGCUGCUGUGAACUUCCCUACUCUGCCAGUUCAACUUCCGCUUUUCAUCUCUUGCCCAUGGUGCAAUCUCUUAUCGUUUCGCCUUAUUUAUAAGGGAAAUCUCAUGUUCCCUCGAAAGAACUAUUUCUUACUUUGGAUGGUUGAGAGCAGGAGUUGUAAUAGGUUGAACUCUCGUUAUCCUUUGUGCGAAGAUCGUCAGCCAGACCGUUCGUCUAGCAACAAUUUAGCAUCGGGAAACCAAUUGACUCGGAGUAACCACAGAAGGGAAUACAAUCUUGAUCGUCAUUCCGAGUCAUCAGGGUCGAGCAGCAAUCAUGUUCACGUUACCUAUGACUUCAAUUCAGAACAAAUACAUUCUUUCCUUUGGAAAUCUAUGGUGUUCUUCAUCCAUCUGUCUGCCAAGUUCCCAUUAGUGAUCAUAUUUCUCUUGAUCACCAUGUAUGCAAUUCCUGCAAGUGUUGUCAUCUUGGCCCUCUACAUGCUUCUUACCGUUCUUGUCGCACUGCCGUCGUUCCUCAUUCUAUACUUUGCGUAUCCGAGUUUAGACUGGCUUGUGAACGAGAUCAUCAAAUGAGAUUGUAUUAGUUCC